CUUGAGGAAAGUGAAAGCCAACGCCCCACUGGCAGCUCCUGAGUCCUUUCCUCCUUGCAGAAAGAAAGAAAGAGAGAGAGAGAGAGAGGGCAGAUUUGUCUACCGAACCAGACAGCAGCUCUUAUUUUCAGCGGGGAAGUUGAGUCAGGUGGUAGGAAAAAGACCACACAGCCGCCCUGAGCCGGAGCUAGCAGGACAACUUCACGGGGACCGGCCUGAGCAACACUUUUUUUAACGGUCCGACACAAGUCAAAUCAAGUUUGUUUAUUCAAACGCUGCUCGCCGAGCCGUGCAGAUAAGCUGAAGACAUAGCCUUUAUUAUACACUUUGGACUGCUAGAGCUUAAAGUUAGUUGUUGCGAAAAUGGCUGAUACCGAUGCCAGCCCCGGUGCCAACUGCCUGGAGAAUCUGAAAAGUUACGUGAAGACCAAAAAAGGUUUUAUUCUCGCCGCAGAAAUACUCAUCAGCUUCAUCGUCAUCAUCUGCUUCGCUGCGUCUGUGUGUGGUGGCUACUCCGCUGUGGCCAUCUGUGAGAUGAUCUUCGCCAUUAUCUUCUUUGUUGUCUUCAUGAUGCAGCUGGACAAGCAGAUCCAAGUGGUCAACUGGGUCUGGAGUGAUCUUAUUCGUGCUGCCAUCGGUGCUGGCCUCUAUAUCAUCACCUCUCUGAUUUGGAUAGCUAGAGGAAGCGGGGAUGGCGCUUGUAUCGCAGGCGGGGUGUUUGGUUUGAUCGCUGGACUGCUGUUUGCCUACGACACCUAUACCAUCUUUCUGCAGAUCAAGAGCGCCAGGCAGCAGGCUUCCACUGAUGACAGAGUUUAAACACUCCAAGACACUUGCUCCCCUGUCAAGUACACAGCAGAAGAGCAGAAAAAACAAAACAGAAGUUCAUGCAGGAGUUAACAGAGAGAGAGAGAGAGAAGAGUGGAUCAGAAUGUAAGGUGGACACUAGAAAAUGACCAGGUCACAAAUUAACCAAUGUCACUGUGUGGUGCGAAGAGAAUAGGGCUUUCUUUUAGGGCCCUGCCUGAGUGGAGGAUGCCAUAGCCGAAAAUGCAGUGAGACGUGAAUGGGAAAAGUAAGUGGUAGAUCCGUGCCUGCAUGUUGGACGGAAGCAUAUCUACUAUGUGAGGAAUUCCCCUCAAAAACCUUCACUCCAACCUCAAUGUACCACUGAUUGCUCAAUGUUUGGUUCGAUAAAAAAGGGAAAGAUGUAAAUAAUACAACAAUGUAAAGCUUUGGGCGACAUCUUGAAGCAGCUUGUCAUGUUAAUUAAUAUCAUACAGGUGUGUCUACUGUUGUAAUGUAGAGAGUGCGUCAUGCUCAUCCUGUCCACCUUUGCAGGUGUGUUGUGUGUGUUUAUAUGUUACAAAUAAUUGACAUAUGAAUGGGUGUAUUAGGAACUGUUUAACAUUGUAAUAGUUUAUUUUAUACGUUUUCAGUGAGGACUGCGAGUUAGUUUCUCACCCAAACAUUUCCUUCUCUCAAGGGUUCAACAUGGCUCUUCACAGAGCUCCCAGUGUGAUAUGGUGCCUUGAAAUAUUUGAAUUAACCAUCCCUGUUAAAUUUGUUCUUAUUGUUCAGUGAUGCCUUCAGAUCUACUUUUUUACCUAACUUCUUCGAUCAGCUGUCUUUUUCCUCUUCUUCUACUGAUUGGAGAUUAGUCUCCACUCUUAGGUUUCCAUUAAUCACCAAAGAACUGCUCACUCUUGCAUUUGUAAAAUAAUUCAAGUUGCAAAGUUGAACUGUUAUCCUUCUGUUUUGCCUGUCUACUCUGAUUCUUACUCAGGUCAUGUCUUUUUUGUUUACGUUUGUAACAAAUGCGCAAGGUGCAGAUUAUUUUCUAUUGACAUUUUAUACAGCCCAGAAGGAUUUCCUUUGGUUUGUGGCUUGUGGUUGUGUGGCCUUUUUUGGUUAUGAAAGAUAAAGCAAAAUUCAUGCUUGGGAAAGUCACAUAGUUGGCAUUUUACAAUGUGCAUAUCAUUAUUUUAAUAUUUUCUGUAAAUUCUUCCUCUACCCUAGAUAGUUUUUUGUCCAAGAAAACAUGGCCUCCCUGUUUUUUCUAACAUGUUUGAUAAGAGUUUGCAAUUUGUCAUUUCAAAUUUUGAAGCAAUGGUUCUUUGAGAAAUAAAAGCCAUUGCUACUACAAA